AUUUCUUGGGAAGCGGAAAGAUGGUGGUUUCAGCUCAAUACUGCGGUGGCCGCGGAAACCCGAGCUGAUUUUCAUCAAAGAAAGAACACCCAUAUCAAAAAAUUUGAAAUCUGAGAAAAAAAAAAUGGAUGGGCAUUCACUUCCGCCGCCGUUCCACACCAGAGAUUUCAAUUUGCAGCACCAGUUCCACCACCACCACCAGACCCACAACUCGGAGGACGAGCAAAGCGAGACCAGCAACAUGGGCGGCGGCGGCCAGAAGCGCAACCGCGACGAGGUCGGCAGGAGCGACUUCGACGGCGGCAACGACGGGAGCCCCGCCGGGGGCGGCGGCGGCGGAGGCUCCGGGGAAGGAGGAGGAGGAGAUAUGUCCGGCAACAGGAGGCCGAGGGGCCGCCCGGCCGGCUCGAAGAACAAGCCGAAGCCGCCAAUCAUCAUCACCCGGGACAGCGCAAACGCCCUGAGGACACACGUGAUGGAAGUCUCCGACGGCUGCGACAUCAUGGACAGCGUCGCCAGCUUCGCCCGCCGCCGCCAGCGCGGCGUCUGCGUCAUGAGCGGCACCGGGAAUGUGACGAACGUAACGCUCCGACAACCGGCCGCCCCGGGUGCGGUCAUGACCCUACACGGCAGGUUCGAGAUCUUGUCUCUCGCGGGUUCCUUCCUCCCGCCACCGGCUCCUCCGGCGGCCACCGGGCUGACCAUAUACUUAGCCGGCGGGCAGGGGCAGGUUCUCGGGGGCAGCGUGGUCGGGCAGCUCCUAGCAUCUGGACCGGUUAUUAUAAUGGCGGCCUCAUUCAGCAACGCCGCGUACGAAAGAUUGCCAUUAGAAGAAGAUGAAAACGCCGCCAUUAAUAAUAAUAAUAAUCAAGUUCCGGGAAGUUCUUCCCUCGGAUCGCCGCCCGGCGGUUUGGGCGGCAGUGGGCAGCCACCGCAAAACCACCAGCAGCAAGUUCUGGCUGACCCUUCUUUGUUUCAAGGAAUGCCGCCCAAUCUUUUUAACUCGAUCCAAAUGCCGAACGAGGCCUUUUGGGCAACGGGAAGGCCCCCGUUUUAGCUUCGAGUUAAUAUAUACCGAUCGAAAAUUAAGGGGUAAUUUUUAUCUGCUUAAUUAAGUGAUUGUCAAGAAUUCGCAAAUGCUAGCUCAUGAAACUUAAUAGAAUUAGAUCAUGAAUAUUUCUUGUUGUUGUUUAAUUUCGCCUAGCUACGAGUAGCAAACGAGGAUCAUUCACUCGUUUUUCUAUUGCUAUGAGUUUCAUGUUGAGUUAGGUUUCUUUGUUUUCGAUUUCUUGUGUUUUUCGUCUCGUCGAUUGUUCGAAUUUGAUGAGGCCGGUGUUGAUCAAGCCUUCAUUACAAGACUUUCACUCAUGUAAACUUUUUUAUCUUGAUGAAUUGAAUAUCGAGCUUGAUGAACUAUUUUUUUUGCAUUUGCAACACUACUAAUUAUAAUUAUGUGGGAAUUAAUUAGCAAUACAUAUGAUCUAUGCAUAUGAUCGUACUAACAUUUCGAUUAAAUUGGAUCGUGCUUUACGCCUUCGGUAAUCAUGUAAGACGGAGCUAGGGUUAAGCCGAUUACUUAUACCAUAACAUAUUAGAAUCGCAAUAAUCACUUAAAAAAAGAUUCUUACUCUUUAUGUUUCAAAUUAUAAUAUCUGUCACUUUAGAGUUUCGUGAUGUAUUGAAUACAUUUUUCUUAAUUUUGCCCUAUGCUCGUAAUUAAUGAAGAGAGAAUCAAUCGAAAGAGAAACAAUAAGAAUGGUGAUCUUUAUAUCAUUAAAUGCAUUCGCUCUAAAAUUCAUGCACAUUUAUUUUCUCAUCCUUGUCUUUUUAAAUGCCUAUUUAGUUAAUUUUUUUUUUCUCAUAUUAAGUGUCGCUUUAGAAUUUCAAUAACAAUUUAACCCAUCAUUAAAGUAGAUUAAUGAAGUAAUAAAGAGAAUUUGGCCGAAAAACACAAAGGGUAGUUUUGUCAAAGUAAGAGUUUUUUUUCCUUCGGAAAUCAAAACUAUUUAAUAACUUUCUUAACUGAUGUGCAUUAACCUUAAACGACACUUCAAAAAAACCUUAAAAGCGAGUAGAAGAAAUAAUGAAAUGGGAGGGAACAAAGUUCAUAGUAAUCAGUGAGAAUCUGAGAUUAGUGUAAUGUGAGUAACAUGCAUAGAGAGAGAGAGAGAGAGAGAGAGAGAGAGAGAGAGAGAGAGAGAGAGAGAGAGAGAGAGAGAGAGAGAGAGA